GUAGAGGAGGAGUGGGAGGGAGGAAGAGUGAACACUUUGUGCUGUUAGUGAAGCGUGCAGUAGGCAGGCUGAUGGUAAUGUGAGGGAAGGCGUUGUGUGUGUGGCUCCGUCCCAAUCCCACACAUACAGUAUGCUCUUAAGACUUGGCAAGUGCACUUCGGGUUUCUGUCAUUUAUCAUAAAGCUGCAGAUUUGCUGAGACCUCGAGGUUGUCAGGGGACCUUCAGGAACCUGAGCGGCUCUGACCUGCAGGACAACGUGGGGUCUGGAUCACUCCAGGAUCAAUCGGACGUAAGGGACUGAUUUGUUCUCGGAUCAAUAGAGCAAGAAUGACAGAGACACGAAAAAUUGCGAGAGCUAAACUGGUUCUGCUGGGACGAGAGAACUGUGGAAAGACGGCUCUGUGUGUGAGAUUCAUCACCAAGCGCUUCAUUGGGGAGUAUGACCAUAAAAAGGAGGUGACGUACAGGUGCCGCAAAAUAGUGGACAAGGAAGCGAUUGACUUGGAGAUUUUAGACACAGUUAACAAGGAGUGUGUUGCACCAGGCGCCACCUCUCUGGAGAGCUCUAUUAAAUGGGCCGAUGGAUUUCUGAUUGUGUAUUCAGUGACGGACCGCAGCAGCUUUGAGGCUGUUGCACGCCUCAAGAGGCUCAUUGAUCACAUCAGACAGAGCCUGGGUAAGACUGACCUCAGAUCAGCUUCACUCCGGCUUUGUUCAUGUCAUGUGAGGUAUUUUUCCGAAGGAAUCCCCACAGUGAUUGUAGCAAAUAAGAACGACAUGGAAAAUGGACGUGUUGUUAGGACAGAAGAGGGACAGGCUUUGGCCAGAGACCUGAGGUGUAGUUUUUUUGAGCUCUCCGUAGCAGAGUGCUCCUCAGCGGUGGAGGCAGCCUUCAGCCAGCUGAUCCGCGAGGUUCGUGUGGAGAUCCAUCGCCACCUGUUAGCCGUGGACAAACGUUCACGUGUGCUUCAGAUGAGACAUGCGCUGAAGAAUAAACUCACACGCAGCAAAACCAUGCAGUGGUGAUGCAGUUCUGGAGGUGUUCUGAUAUCCAGGUGUGCUGAGUACCCUCAGUCCAUCAGUCAGGAAAAGGACGGGAACUGGGGAACGUCCUAGUAAUGACUGGGUGAUGGGAAAAUUCCUUGCAUUUACACAAUUAGUUGACAGUUUAUUAGGAACACCUAACCUAUACCUUUACCAUGUAGAUGCACUUUUCUACACUAAAAAGCAAUUCUGUGGGAAUUACAAGAACACAUGAUAGUCAUAUAUGUGCUUAAAGUGUCCUUUAUACAGUAAAAAUGAUUUAGUGCCAACAAGUCAAGAUGCUAAUCUGAGCUGUAGGGAAGGUAAAACACACACACACACACACACACACACACACACACACACACACACACACACACACACAGAGCCAUAUUGGGAGAUUCUGAACCUCCCAUUUAAGUGACACAACCCAUAAAAUCCUUGCCAUCCUGUUGAGGAAGAUGUCUGAAAGUAAAACACUCACUCCAGGGAAAUUUCAGGCCCCAGAAGUGGAAAUACUGUAUUAAAGCUUUCACAGCUGUAUUUUACUCA